UAUUGAACCCUCGAAGAAGAAGAAUGGCAGCAAUAAGGAAGUUGGUGUUUUACAGGAAGCAGGCCUGAGCUGGCUUUCAUUUUGUCUUUGUUUUUGUUUUUCUAUUCGAAGUUGAUGGUCAUUUAUCAUCAGUGUAGGCAGUUUGGUCAGUUAACGGGCUGUAGUUUAUUUAAUUUGUUUCUAUUUAGUUUGUUUUUAUGACAUUCGGCGACGCUUGGCUUUAUCUGUGAGCAGGCUUUAACGGCUAACAACAGAGCUAACAGGCCCGAAGGCCAUCUGUCCAUUGUCUGCCGUAAGUCAGUAACUUAUCCUGUUUAUAGAAAUCAUUUUGUCUUAAGGUCAAACGUCGCUUGGAAUCAUCAGACACCACAGUGUUCUAACAGCCAGGUUCGUUGUCAUCCGUUCAUCGCCCAGGUAACGUUAGCUGUACUGGCUAAUAGUUCUUACUUUGGCGAGUCAGUUGGCUGACCUUACUGACGGAUCGUUUAGUGCAGUGACAUACUGACAUUAAAGGGAAACCAAGGCUACAACGGGCGAUAAGGAUAUUUGAUGAACAUGUACGCCCCGCCGGGUUCCACUGUCGCUGCGGGUCGAAGGAGGAGAGGAGGCACCUCCCUGCCCAAGCAGCCGGAGCGGAGUCUGGUGUCGGCCCUGCCCGGAGCUCUGUCCAUCACAGCGCUGUGCACCGCCCUGGCGGAACCGGCUUGGCUCCGGGUCCACGGAGGCACCUGUCCGAGACAAGAGCUGGGGGUGGCAGAUGUCCUGGGGUACAUUGACCCCAAGCUUCUGGAGGAUUUCUGUGUGAACCCGCAGACCGUCUUGCUGCUGAGGGUGAUCGCUGCCUUCUGUUUCCUGGGUAUCCUGUGCAGUCUGACUGCUUUCCUCUUGGAUGUGUUUGGCCCCAAGCACCCUGCUCUAAAGAUCACACGCAGAUAUGCAUUUGCACAUAUUCUCACAGUGUUGCAGUGUGCCACAGUCAUAGGCUUCUGCUACUGGGCCUCCGAGCUCAUUUUGUCACUGCAGCAGCAGCACAAAAAGUACCACGGCUCUCUCAUAUACGUCACUUUCGCCAUCAGCUUCUACUUGGUGGCGGGGGCCGGCGGAGCCUCCAUCCUCGCCACGGCCGCCAACCUGUUGCGCCACUACCCCACCGAGGAGGAGGAGCAGGCUUUAGAGCUGCUCUCGGAGAUGGAGGACAGCAGUGAAACUUUUCCUGCCGAUUAUGACAUUGCCAAUCAGUUUCAGCCACCGCCUGCCUACACGCCCUAAUGCCGCCACACUGGCCUUGUUAACACACGCUUCUCUCUCUCUCUCAGCACAGCUAUCGGCUUGAUGAGCAAACCCCACAGUUUAUCAGAUGGAUAUCUUUGCAAAUAAUCUCCAUAAUGAACACGGCGUGCAGAGUCAGUGCACAAACUCCUGUACUGACAGUGCUUGGGUGCAUGAAAGCUUUCUUUAGUGAUGGCAGAAAUUUAGGAGAUGAUUCGUACUUUCAUCACUGAAGUUGUUAGUGAUUUGCAUGUAAAUGGCUUUUAGGAUUUGGUUCUUACAUGUGAAGCAAACUAAACAGCAAGGAGUGCUCAACAUCAUCACAAGUAACUGAUGAGACAGCCACAGCCUGGUGAGUGCCAAGUAUUGAAGCUGGGCUGUUGGCACUUUGUCAGGGGUUGGACGUGGUUGAAGCUUUGUUUAGCAUCAUUUUGAUGUGAUUUUUUGAUAAGCUUGCCAUGGUUAUUGUUUUAUUUCCCAGAUAGAUCAAAAACUACACUGAUAAGUUUGUUUUAGACAUUUCUUUUAUAUAAAAUAUCAAACAGACCUUGUUAUUUAUUAUUUAGCUGUCUGUGCUGUGUCUGUCUUUCUUUUGCUUUUUAGACACCUCUCACUGGUUUAGUCUUAUUUAAUCAGAUUUGUACUUGAAAUAACACAAGGAAAUUGAAAAAUGUGAGACUUGUGUUUGAGGUUUUUCUUUUUUUUUUCUCAAAGGAUCGCAGCAUGUGUUGUGUGUUGAGAGCAGCCACAGAGAAAUUGAGAAACAAAUGCGUACGUCUCACAGUAACUGACAUGUGGUGACGGGGACUUCGCUGCAUACGCCGGUCAGGUCGCGUUUCCUGGCUUGGAUUCGAAAAAGAAACUUUAUUUGUACUUUGUGAUAUGUGACAGUUUGCGUAUGUGUUUUCUCUGCAUGGGUUCUGUCGUGUGCAAAUUUUAAACCUUCGGGCCGAACCUCAUGUGAACGUCUCGCACACGAGGUCCCAGCCGAAGCUUAAAAUUGUGUUUGGUGUGGUGUAGUUGAUUGUGCGUUGUUCUGUUUACUUCAUGUCUGCGUUUUUUUGUUUGUUUGUUUUUUCCUUUCUCAAAUUGUCACUAUACUUUCAUCACCAGUAUGUAAAUAUUGAUUGUUUAUACCUAAAUUGUGGUCAUAAUAAAAUAAAUGCCAUA